AUGAGCUUAUCUUCCAUUGGGGUCAUCGGUGCCAUCAAUGAGUGUAUCACUUUGUUUCAGUGGGCCAAAUCCGCCAUUUCAUCUCUGCACUCCCGAUGGAGUGGCUCACAGCAGCAAGAUCUCCAAGGUCGUGUAUCACAGUUGGAGAGUGGCCUACAAGGUCUCAGGGAUACUCUUCCCAUAAUGCAUGACCUCAUUAAUAAAGCAGAGUGGAGGAGCCAUGAUGACGUUGUGGCAAGUCUCCUUCCGAAACUCAAGGAUUCAGUGUCUGACGCCGAGGACCUUAUUGAUGAGUUUAGUUGGUAUGAGAAGAAGGUGCAAGUGGAGGGCGAUGCAGGCGAGUCUCCUUUCAUUGAAUUCUUUGAUAGUGUAAUCCAAGGUAGCUUCAAUAAGCUGAAUGAUGCCCAAUUGAGAUUGGAUCGUCUUUCGAGUCAGCUAAAGGAUAUCGGGCUUCAUGGAGUUACACAGCGAUUUGAAAAAUUUGUCAGGCCGGAGACCACCUCUUUCCCAAGUGAAACAAAAAUAUUUGGUCGUGAUAAGGAGCUGGAGCAAUUAUUGAGAUUUCUCAAUGUACCUGAGAAUUCAAAACGCAAGAGAGCAACUAGAUCAAUCAAUGUAUCAACAAGCAACCAUGUUGGUAACAAAUCAAGAAUAUUCUGUCUUCCUGUUUUGCCAAUAGCUGGAAUUGGUGGUGUUGGAAAGACUACUUUGGCCCAGCUUAUCUGCAACCAUCAACGAGUGAGGUCCCACUUUGACCUGAUAAUUUGGGUUUGUGUCUCAGAUGACUUUGAUGUGAAGAGGCUAACUAAAGAGGCCAUACAAUCCUGUACUAGAAAUGAGGGAACAAACGAUAAUCUGGAUUCUCUUCAGCAUGCUCUUUCAAACAAAGUGGAAAACAAAAGGUUAUUGAUAGUCCUAGAUGACAUGUGGGAUGAAGCCUUGAAGGAAAAUGGACAGUGUUGGAAGAGGUUUUGUGCACCUUUUAGAAAUGUCCAAGAGGGAAGUAUGAUGUUGGUCACCACUAGAUGUCCAAAAGUUAUAGAGGGGGUGCGCACAAUGGAUCCGGUUAACUUAGAAGGUCUAAAGGAUGACGUCUUUUGGAAUUUCUUCAAAUUGUGUGCGUUUGGAUCUGAGGAGUCUAACAAUGAUGCCGAGUUAGAGCGCAUUGGUAGAGGAAUACUUCGUAAACUGAAGGGUUCUCCUUUGGCUGCCAAAACGUUGGGACGUAUGUUAAGCAUGGACCUUCAAGCAUCACAUUGGAAUUUUAUACUUGAGAGUCAACUGUGGGAGUUGAGACAAGAGGAGACAGAUAUUUUGCCUGCGCUUCGGUUGAGCUACAUGUAUUUACCAUUCUAUUUGAAGCAGUGUUUCGCAUUUUGUGCGGUGUACCCAAAAGAUUACAAAUUCCAGAAGGAACGCUUGGCUGAAAUUUGGGUAGCAGAAGGCUUUGUGGAACCGCAAGGUGGUGUUCCAAUUAAAGUUAUUGGCCAUCGCUAUUUUGAAGACCUUGUAGCACGGUCCUUCUUUCAAAAAGUUGGUGGUGGAUAUGUAAUCCAUGACUUGCUGCAUGACAUGGCUCAAAAGGUUUCUGAGCACGACUGCUUCAUCUUAAGAAAUAAGAGUGACUUUGAUAAGGUUCCCCAGAAUGUUCGUCAUCUUUACGUACUCCCUAGCCGCGACUUUGAUGAUUCCAACUUAUUGACACUAUGCAAAGCUUGUCCUUCAAAGAGGAUUCCUUCAUCUUUCUGUUGGCUAUAUAAUCUGCAGAUUUUAAAAGCCAAGAAAUGCAUGCUAGAAAACUUGUCCAAUGACUUUGGUAAGUUGACCGGUUUACAAAAAUUCGAACUACAUGGAUUUACUCUUGAUUCACGGAGGAUAAACUUAAAUGAUAUACACGCAAUUGGUACCUUCCCAUCACUGUCAGUGACAGACCUAACCAUUGAGAGGAACCAAAAUAUAUCAAGCCUGGAACAAUUUCUGCAUCCAGAGUGUGUACCAGCCAUCAAGAAAAUCAGAAUUGAAUAUUGCACUAUGUUGGCAACAAUACCAACUGAAAAGUUUGGGGAUUUGCAUUUCCUUGAAGAGCUGGACAUCGGCUCUUGUCCAAACAUCCGCUCCCAAAGACUGGUAUCGUCGUCCCUUAAGAAGCUCAUCCUGCGUGGUGCUGGUCUCUUUUGCAAUAUUGAUUGCUGCUCCCUCACCUACUUUUAUUUAGCAAGUGGGCGUGUCACGACCAUCCAACUACAAACGUGGAGUCUUCCAUCUCUACGGGAGUUAACCAUCAUUUGCCAAUCUCUUACAUCUAUUGGAGGCAGCAUUACAACAUUCUCAUCCCUUACUGUCCUAACAGUUAAAUAUUGUUAUAAAUUGUUAACCCUUGAUGAUCUCUUAACACAAGAAUGUCUACUUGCUAUUGAGGAAAUUCACGUCACAGAUUGUCUCGAGUUACUAUCCCUGCCAUUUGAAAGGUUUGGGAGUUCGCCUAAUCUGAAACAUCUGGUGGUUGAUAACUGCCCAAGUCUCAACUGGCAAAGAGGCUUGGUGUUGCCAUCAUCUCUCCAAAGGCUCAGCUUACAGUGGUGUGGGAAUAUCUCUCCAUAUGUUCCGAGCUGCCUACAGAGCCUCACAUCCCUUGUCUCACUUGAAAUUGGUGGAUGCAAUGGUAUAACAUCCAUUCCAGGCAACAUUUGGCACAGUUAUCUCGCUUCUCUUGAGAACUUGGUGAUUCAGGAUUGUCCAAACCUAGUUUCAAUUGGUGGAGCAAACGCAGUUGCACAAAUAAAAAAGGUGAUGAUACUCAGAUGUCCAAACUUAGAGGAAGCAGAGCAGAUCAAUAGAUGA